ACCACAUAGGCGCAUUGCGCACGCGCCCCCGAAUCUCCAUAGCAACCAGCAACAUUCAGACGGCGGAUGUUCCAGGCGCUGAGUGAGGAGAGCGCAGCAACGGUGGAUCCACUUACUGUGAUCGUACUCUUAUUUUAAAAGGUGACAUCCUUGUAAAACAGCUGUUACAAUGGGAGUGGCCCUAACGAGAGCGGCUCAGUGGACAACGGCGGGCUCGGGAACUGGCAAGUUGGAAAUCACACCUCUGAAUGAGUCUCUGCUAAACGACAUUAUAAAGUAUGCCGAGGCUUUUAGCUCCAGGCAUCCAGAGGAGGCCCAGUUUGUCUUCCAAGAACCUCUGGAAUGGAAAACCAAUUUGGAGCCAUCAGCAUUUGUAUCUGGUUAUGAUAUUAGCGGCUCUACUGUGAAAUCACAAGAAACAGACCAUGAUGGGCAUCCCCUGCUUCUCCUUUCAUCAUCUUCAGUAAAGAUUUCUAGCUUUGGUCAGAUAUCCCACUUUCUCCAGCUUGCCAGAGACAAAAAACUGAAAGAAGCCCAGGCUUGUUUGGAAGCAAACAGGGAUCCGGUUGCAUGUAUCCUUGGUCCUGGAUUCGCUACCGUGGAAGGAGAGGACAUGUCAUUGCUACGGCUGUUGGAUAAAAUGCGCCAAGAUGAUAGCGGCAACACAGAAAUAAAAAUGAAAAUCUUUCUCCUUCUCCAGCAACUUGAUAUGCAGCUGCUUAACAGCUCUUUAAAACAGGUUUCACAGGAAGUACGUGUAACCCCGACUGCUGUUAAGAAUGAGGUUGAUCUGCUACGUCGGUUCAGCGGUCCCGAAGAAAUAUCUGUGUUAAAAUCAAUUGAAUACACAUCAGAGUACGAGUUCUCAAAUGGUUGCCGCGCUCCACCCUGGAGACAGGUUCAUGGAGAAAUCUGCUAUUUGCUGGCUACACCUCAUGACACCGAUCCUCUCUCUAUCACGUGCAGCACCUCAGGGGCAUUUUUAAAUGCAGGUAAACAAAAGGAGAAUGAUGAAAUGAAUUACGAGAGAAAAAGUGAGAUAUAUAAAGACCUCGGAACACUUUUGAAGGCAAAAUCGCACACAUUUGCAGAAAAUAUCACAAAACAGGAUUUUCAGUUUUCUGAAGAGCCAAAAGUCACUCAUAAAACUCAUUAUGUGGAUGUUAUCGAUGCAGAGGAGCAUAGCCAAAACCAUCGGUCUAAUGGGCAUCCAGAAAAGAAAGCAGAGGAAAAGACAAGACAGCCCCUUGUGAAAAGGAAGCCUAAUAAGCAGAAAUUAGAACCGUCUCCUAAAUGGAAGAAUUUUAGCCUUAAUGAUCACCAGGCAAUUCAGAAGAAUUCCAAGGAUGAUAAAAAGGAGCAAUUCAAAUCAAAACCCACCAGUUCGCAGAGCAGACAGAGAACAAAUGCAAAUGUUUUUGCAAGACACUCAGCCUUGAAAAGUAAAACACCUGGUGCAAAAUCCGAUGAAUUUAGUGAAAGUUCAACAGAGAGUGAAGAGGAUGAAGAGCAACCAGAGAGACGCCAAGAGGGCAACACUGAUUUACCAUCAGAAUACUGGCAGAUUCAGAAAUUGGUAAAAUAUUUAAAGGGAGGUAACCAGACAGCCACAGUCAUAGCACUGUGUUCUAUUAGAGACUUUAAUCUGGCACAAGAAACAUGUCAGCUGGCUAUAAGAGAUGUCGGGGGACUAGAUAUUCUCAUUAACCUACUUGAUACUGAAGAAAUCAAGUGUAAGAUUGGGGCAUUGAAGAUUUUAAAGGAAAUCAGCCACAACUCACAAAUCAGAUCGGCUAUUGCUGACCUGGGAGGAUUACAAACCAUGGUUGGAAUACUCGACUCUCAGGACAAAGAUCUGAAAUGUCUCGCGGCUGAAACAAUUGCAAAUGUGGCAAAAUUUAGGAGGGCUAGGCGGACAGUUAGACAGCACGGUGGUAUCAGGAGACUGGUUGGAUUGCUGGACUGUGCACCUAUCGGUUCCUCUAACCUCAGUGCCCAACAGGAGAAGGAUAUUGAGGUGGCACGCUGUGGUGCUUUGGCUCUUUGGAGCUGCAGCAAAAGCACUCGGAAUAAGGAAGCAAUUCGCAAAGCUGGGGGCAUUCCUUUGUUGGCCCGACUGUUAAAAUCGUCCCACUCCAACAUGUUAAUACCAGUUGUGGGCACUCUACAAGAAUGUGCUUCAGAGCCAAGUUACAGACUUGCAAUCAAAACAGAAAAGAUGAUUGAGGAUUUAGUGAAAAACCUCAGAAGUGAAAACCCAGAGCUGCAGAUGCACUGCGCUAGUGCUAUUUUUAAGUGUGCGGAAGAUGAAGAAACCCGGGAUUUAGUCAGGCAAUAUGGAGGCCUUCAACCUCUUGCGAUGCUCCUUGGCCAGUUCGAGAAUAAGGAACUAUUAGCAGCAGUGACAGGAGCCAUCUGGAAAUGUUCCAUUAGCAGGGAUAAUGUGACAAAGUUUCAAGAAUUCAAGGUCAUUGAAACGUUAGUAACUCUGCUAACAAACCAGCCGGAAGAAGUCCUUGUUAAUGUUGUUGGAGCUCUGGGAGAAUGUGGGCAAGAACCAGCCAACCGGGCAAUCAUUCGCAAAAGUGGGGGCAUUAAUCCUCUAGUCAACUUACUGAGCGGCACCAAUCAGGCAUUGUUGGUGAAUGUAACAAAAGCCGUGGGGGCCUGUGCAUCUGAUCCAGAAAACAUGUCAAUAAUUGACCGUUUAGAUGGGGUUCGUCUGCUGUGGUCUCUGCUUAAAAAUCCACAUCCAGAUGUUCAGGCAAAUGCCGCCUGGGCCAUAUGUCCCUGCAUUGAAAAUGCAAAGGAUGCCGGAGAGAUGGUUCGAUCAUUUGUUGGAGGCUUAGAACUUAUUGUAAAUUUAUUGAAAUCUGAAAAGAAAGAGGUUCUGGCAAGUGUCUGUGCGGCUAUCACUAACAUAGCGAAGGAUGAGGAGAAUUUAGCAGUUAUAACAGAUCAUGGAGUAGUUCCACUGUUAUCUGCUUUAGCAAAUACGACUGAUGAUAAAUUGAGGCGCCACUUAGCUGAAGCAAUCUCUCGUUGCUGUAUGUGGGGAAACAAUAGAGUGGCUUUUGGAGAGUCUAAAGCUGUAGCACCCUUGGUGCACUACCUAAAAUCCAGUGAUCCUUUAGUCCAUCAAGCCACAGCUCAAGCCCUGUACCAGCUAUCAGAAGAUGCCAACAACUGCAUAACAAUGCAUGAAAAUGGAGUGGUAAAGCUGCUGAUUGAUAUGGUGGGAUCUCCAGACAGUAAGCUCCAGGAGGCUGCUGCCGGAUGCAUAGCCAACAUUCGUCGACUGGCUCUGGCUAAUGAAAAGGCACGAUAUGGCUAACCUAACCUUUAAGGAUAAUAAUUGAUAUCAAGAUAAAUUGUUCCACAACUACCACUCUA